UAGAUAGUUUCUUCCUAACUUACUAACAUGUCUCUCUUAGCUAUUUCUUGUUGCCUCGCUCUUCUAGCGGGUCAAACCUUAGGAGCUGGUUAUCACGAGGAUGUAGGGAUCCCCGAAGCCUCCAGGAUCCGCUUGAAGGAGGCCCAGAAAGCCAGUGAGAGGAUCAGUGGAGGAGAAACUUCCACUUAUGGUGAUAACCCAUAUCUGGCCGGUAUACUGAUAACUCUGCGAACUGGUCAGCUGUCUGUCUGCAGCGGUACCUUGCUGAGCACACGGAAAGUUCUGACUGCAGCCCAGUGCUGGUAUGACGGGUACAACAUCGGUAGGAAAGCUGAGGUGGUGUUAGGUUCACUGCAGCUGUUCAGUAGUAACAAGAGGGAUGUCUUAGGAGUGGUUGUGCACUCCGGAUACAAACCUAGCACUCUGUAUAACGAUCUCGCCAUGAUGACUCUACGAUCCUCCACCUGGACAAGCAGUUAUCUGAGUCCUGCAUUUAUCCCAGCCGUGAACGAAACGAACAAAUACAAUGGUCUGGAGGCGCGCGUCUCAGGGUACGGGAAGACCAGUGAUUAUGACGAUUUCAACCCGGAGACGAACCAGCAAGCGUUGACAGUCACAGUGAUGAGACCCUGGGAAUGUUACUGGAACAUGGCACGUCGCCCAGUAGACUCCAGCAAGAUCAUGUGUACCCCCGGGAGCGUAUUGUGGGGUACUUGCGGCGCGGACCUCGGCGGGCCACUGGUGAUACCCAACUUUAAUGGCACAGGAAACCAUCUGCUGAUUGGAGUGAUAUCAAUUCAGUCUCCGUUUGGCUGCACGUCAUCGUUCGCGACCGGUUACACCCGCGUCACUGAAUACGUCAGUUGGAUAUAACAGAACUUGUAAACCGAUCAUACCACAGUCUGGAUUUUGAACCUAAACUAGACCCCAAUCUAGCGUCAUUUCUAUCAUUUUGGUAGUUUCUACAAUCAAAAAUAAAUGCCUAACUUUGAUUUUUCUACAUUAUAAAAUAUUGCGAAAUAAUAACACUUUUGUUAGUUGAUGAGUUAUUUAAGUACUUAUUUUGUUUUUAUUAAGGAAGUAAAAUACAAUUCGACGCUAAAACAUUAUGACGAUGACGUCAUUUAGUUGUAAACAAAAUUCAUACGAAACACAUUUUUGACAUUUCAGAAAAAAGUACAGCUACAUAUUGUACCUCUCAUAUUAAAAUUGAGGUACUUGUAUAUAUACUUGUAAACUUGGAAACUACCUUAUUGUACAUGUAGAUUACAUUGUUUGAGACUUUUAGGUAUAACCUAUAGUUUAGUAUUAAUAGACCUGGCUUUGUAUAAAGGACACGAAAUUAUAUUUGUAUAGGUACAUUUUCAAUCUUCCUUAGGUAUCCAUUUUGCAAUAUGGCCGACGAACUGUCAAACUCAUGUUUUUUUUAUUCGAAAUUACGUUUAGUUUCUUUUUGUUUUAUUUUAAGUAAUGUAAUGUAAUAAAAAAU